AUGUCGGCACUACUCCAGGUUCUCUGGACCGGUAGGGAGUUUCAAGAUCUCAGCCUAAGCAAAUUCGAACUGGAGACAUGGAAAAGGGAAGCGGACAAGCUGCUGGCCACUUUCCAAUCCUGGGCCAACUACCGCCAAAGCUUCCUCAACGGCCCGAUCCGUGAAGGUACAUUUGCCCUGGCUAAAAAGUAUCAGUUGCAGGCUGCAGCAUCGAAAGAUGAGAACUUUCAACCGAGCGUGGCCUUCUCCCCCAUCGCUAAUCGUACACGCGCCAAGGUGGGAAAUUUAGCGCAGAAACUGUCCACAGGUAGAGCGUCAACCUCAUCAGAGGUACCCGGUACGCCAGAGGUUGAGGAUUCACCCUUCCAGACCCCAGGGCCCGAGAAGCUCACACCCCUGAUGUAUCCCCAAACCAAAAAAGAACAGAUUGUUAAUGCUGCCCUAGUGGACUACUUAAAUAUGCUGAUGUUUGAGGACGCCGCCUUUAAAGCACGAACCAAUGGCUACCUGGAGGACGGAGGCUCUUCGGAGAGGGUGCGGGCGCUGAUUGAGGUGAAGCCCAUGUUGCGGAGAAAAAAGCUGAAUCCCAUUCGGAUGCAAGAGGCUGCGCAGAUGGUGGCGUGGAUAAUGUCCGAUCCUGAUCCCACAGGCGCUUUGAAUCUUCCAGGCCGCCGUCUUCACAUAUCGCGAGACCGUCAUCAGAUAUUCAUCACCUUCGCGGAGUAUGACAGCAGCUACAUCCAGUACCUUAACAAUACGCUGCCCCCGAAUGCGCCCCGUUCGUUCCUCACCAUGCACGAAUUUGGCCCUUGGAAUACAAGCGUCAGAAGCGAGAUGGAGAGCAUUGGUGGCAUCCUGCUGGCGAUUGCCCUGCGCGCGUAUGCGGAUGCUGCCCAGCCAAGCAAAUAG